AGGCUCUCAAGGUGCAGGACGAACGGCUGCAGGCCAAGUCGGCCGAAGUGAGCAAGGCCACGGAGAGCAUCCAAGCGCGGCAGCACAUCGCAGAGGAGCAGCAGACUCUCGUGGCGUCCGAGAAGGUGAAGAUCGAGCAGACAAAGCGGUCCGCCUUGGCGGACCAGGCCGAGGCGCAGGCCGAUCUCGACCGAGCCAUGCCCACCCUGCUGGAGGCCCAGGCGGCGCUGGACAAGCUGGACAAGAGUGACAUCAACGAGGUGAAGUCGUACAAGACGCCGGCCGUAAUGAUUCGCACGGUGAUGGAGGCAGUGCAGACCGCGCUGCACCGCAAGCUCGACUGGGACGAGGCGAAGAAGUCUCUGAGCGAGCCCAAGUUCAUUGACAUGCUCAAGACGUACCACGAGACGCACGACAUGACGGAUCAGAAGCUGCUCAACGCGCUGGAAAAGUACGUGAAGCGCAACGACUUUACGCCGGCGGCGGCGAGCGCUGUGUCGAAGGCGGCGGGUGGACUGUGCCAGUGGGUGAUUGCGAUCCACAAGUACGGCAACAUCUACAAGGAGGUGCAUCCGAAGAUUGUGAAGAACGAGAACGCGCAGCAGAAGGUGCGGGCGCAGGAGGAGAUGCUGCGCCAAAAGGAAGAGAAGCUGCAGAAGAUCAUGGACGAGGUGCGCCAGCUCGAGGCGGACCUGCAGGCGAACAUCGCUGAGAAAAACCGCCUCAUGGCCGAGGCGCGUGCGACGCAGGACAAGCUGAACAAGGCCCAGAUCAUCGUCGACGGUCUUGAGGGCGAGCGUGGGCGGUGGACAGAGUCGAUUGCGCGCUUCGAGCUAGACCUGGAGAACAUCAACGGCGAGACACUCCUGGCCUGCGCAUUCAUGUGCUACUGCGGGGCCUUCACAGCCGAGUACCGGCAGCUGCUGUGGCAGAGCUGGAUGAAGGAGGUGCGGCGGGUGCAGCUGCCGCUGAACCGAGACUACGACUUCGUCAACUUCCUCGCUGACCCGACGGAGGUGCUUGACUGGCAGCAGGCCGGGCUUCCGGGCGACGAGUUCAGCAGGGAGAACGGCGCCGUGGUUGUCUUCGGUCCUCGCUAUCCUCUCAUGAUUGACCCGCAGCAGCAGGCCAUCAAGUGGGUGAAGCGGAUGGAGCGCGACAACGGUCUCAAGAUCAUUGACCCGAAGCAGCCGGACUUCCAGAAGACGGUCGAGUACGCGAUCCAGUUCGGCUGCCCGCUGCUACUGCAGGACGUGCUGGAGGAGAUCGACCCCUUGCUCGACCCCAUCAUGUCCCGCUCCUUCAUCAUGAAAGGCAAGCGCAAGCUCGUGAAGGUCGGCGACAACUACGUUGAGCUCAAGGAGGGCUUCAAAUUAUACAUCACCACCCGCCUGCCGAACCCGCACUACACCCCGGAGACGUGCACGAAGGUGUGCCUGCUGAACUUUGCGGUCAAGGAGCAGGGCCUGGAGGAGCAGCUGCUGAAGAUUGUGGUGGAGAAGGAGAAGCCGGAGCUGGAGCACGAGAACGAGCAGCUCAUCCUCCACACCGCCGCGGCCAAGAAGGAAAUGAAACAGCUGGAGGAGGACAUCCUCGACCUGCUCUCCACCUCCCAGGUGUCGCUCCUCGAGAACCAGCGGCUUAUCGCGACGCUGCAGACGGCCAAGGUGACGGCGGCGAACAUCCAGAACCAGCUGCAGGUGGCAGAGACGACGUCUGUGAAGAUUCGCGAGGCGCGCGAGGAGUACCGCGAGUGCGCGCGGCGUGCCUCGCUGCUGUUCUUUGUCCUUGCCGACCUCGGCGCCAUCGACAGCAUGUACCAAUUUGCCCUGGACUCCUACAUUCAGCUCUUCCAGACGAGUAUACGGCGCUCGUCGGAGAAGAUCGUGUCUCACGAGAUGGAGGAGCGCAUCAAGACGCUGAACGAGUGGCACACGGCCGCCGUGUACACGAACACGUGCCGCGGCUUGUUUGAGCGCCACAAGCUGCUCUUCGCCUUUCACAUGACGAUGCGCAUCCUGCAGGCGCAGGGGCUGGUGAGCAUCGAGGAGUACGUCUUUAUGAUGCGGGGGGCGCAGAUGCUGGACAAACAGAGCCGCUUGCCAAACCCCGCAAGCGCGUGGCUCUCCGAGCGUGCGUGGGAUCACGUUUUGGAGCUGGAGCGGCUGAGCACCUUCCACGGCAUCGCCGUGCACUUUGAGCAGAGGCCCGAUGAGUGGCGCAGGUGGUACCUCCUGGAGAGGCCCGAGGAGGCCCUGCUGCCGGAGGAGUGGGAGGCGCGGUGCGGUGGCAAUGCGCUGCAGCGCAUGAUCUUCACGCGAUGCUUGCGCCCUGACCGACUUGUCUUCAUGGUUUACGAGUUCAUCGAGGAGCAGCUCGGCAACCAAUUCGUGGACCCGCCUGUGUUCAACCUCAAGGACACUUUUGACGAGAGCACCAACACGAUUCCACUCAUCUUCGUGCUCUCCAACGGUGUGGACCCGACGAAGCAGCUGCAGUUGCUGGCGCAGCGUGAGGGCCGUGAGCUGAAGGUGCUAGCGCUUGGGCAGGGCCAGGGUGACAACGCAAAGCGUGCCCUGCAAGAGUACAGCCAAACGGGCGGGUGGGUCUUCCUCGCCAACUGCCACCUAAUGGUGUCAUGGCUGGUGGAGCUGGAGAAGAUCAUCGACGCCAUCUUUGAGCAGAAUCCGCAUCGCGACUUUAGGCUCUGGCUGAGCUCCGUGCCGACGCCGCAGUUUCCCAUUGGUGUGCUGCAGCGCUCCAUCAAGAUGACAACGGAGCCGCCGAAGGGGAUCAAGGCGAACAUGCUGCGCCUGUACAACACGCUCAGCGAGGAUGAUCUGGCGACCCGCAGCUCUGAACACCCCCUCAUCUACCGCAACCUUCUCUACGCGCUGUGCUUCUUCCAUAGCGUGCUGCUGGAGCGGCGCAAGUACGGCACUCUCGGCUACAACGUCCUCUACGACUUUACGUCCUCCGACUUUGACGUCUCGGAGAACAUCAUCCAGCUGUAUAUUGGUCACAUGCGCUCCGAUGCCGUCGAGGACGUUCCGUUCGUCACCAUCCGCUACCUCAUCGCAGAGGCCUCGUACGGCGGCCGCGUCACGGACGACUGGGACCGCCGCGUGCUGAACACGUACAUGGCACAGUACAUGUGCCCGGACGCCAUCACGCAGAGUCGCUACCCUCUGGCGGCGGCUGACGAAUACUGCAUCCCGGAAGACUGCAACACGCUUCUGGCGUACAAGAAUCACUGCAGCCAGCUUCCCAUCACCGACCCGCCGGAGGCCUUCGGGCAGCACGCGAACGCCGACAUCGCCAGUCGAAUCGCAGAGUCAACGGCGUUGCUAGACUGCCUUAUCAGCGUGAACACCUCGCUGGUGCGCGACGGCGGUGGAAGCAGCGGCACCGCGCAGGCGGCCACGCAGGAAGAGCGCUGUCUCGAGAUCUUGGCCUCCAUCGAGGAGCCGAGCAAGGCCGCCACGCCGAACCUGCUCGACUAUACCGCCAUCUACGAGUCCACCGAGGGCGACCGCGACAACGCCCUCAACACAUGCCUCCUGCAGGAGGUGCAGCGCUACAACGCGCUCUUGAAGACGAUUCACCGGCAGAAGGCGGAGCUGCGCCGCGCCGUGAAGGGCGAGAUCGUCAUGUCGGAGCAGCUGGAGGCUAUUUUCAACGCGCUGCUGCUCGGCCGCGUGCCGCCGCCGUGGACGAGCGCUUACCCGAGUCUGAAGCCACUGGCGAGCUGGGCGGCGGACCUCGUCGAGCGCGUGGAUCAGAUGCGGCUGUGGAGUCAGCGCACGCCGACGGUGUUCUGGCUCUCAGGCUUCACAUACCCCACCGGCUUUCUCAAGAGCCUGCAGCAGCAGCAGGCGCGCCGGGACCAGAUCUCGAUUGACCAGUACGACUGGGAGUACGCCAUCCUGCCGAGCGAGGAGCGCGCCAUCGCCCAUCGGCCCAAGAAGGGCGCGUACGUGCGCGGAAUCUUUCUCGAGGGCGCCGGGUGGAACGGGGAGGCGAACACGCUCUGUGAGCCGAAGCCGAUGGAGCUGAUUGUGUCGAUGCCGGUGAUUCACUUCAAGCCGAAGCUCCGCACGGGCAAGGCAAAGUCGGCGAGCGUGUACGAGUGUCCUUUGUACAUGUACCCGAUCCGCACCGGCACCCGUGAGCGUCCCUCCUACGUUGUUGCGGUGGACCUGGAGUCGGGCGACGCGGUGCCAGAGACGUACACGAAGCGUGGUACGGCGCUGCUGCUCUCCACGGACGAGUAG